AUGAAGCGCAUUGCAACCCAACACAUGCGCCGCUCUCUGUUGUCGCCGCGCCCUCUGCGCCUGUUGUCGCCUGCCUCGCCCAUAGCUCCCUCUCGCCGCUGUUUCGCCCUGUCGACCCGCCGACCACAAGAUGCCCCCGUGACACCACUAUCCGCAACACUGCCCGAUGCCGCCGCCGACUCUCUUCCCACCGACCUCCCUACCGCCGAGGAUACUGGUCGCAUCUCAGUCAAGGCUGCUCGCAGAGACUCGCCCAAGCUCAGCGCCCUCCACGCCCGUCUCUCGCUCCCACUGCGCUUCCCCAAAGAGUCCCUAGGACGCUGUCUAGUACAUCCUUCGGCCGACCGCAACCCUCUACACAACAAUGCUUCUCUCGCCGUCAUUGGUCAAGAUCUGCUCGCCUACUACACUGCCGAGUGGUUGUUGUGCAAUUACCCUCGCCUGCCCAUGGAGGUCCUGUUCGCCGCCCAGUAUGCAUACGCAGGUCCUCGUACUCUCUCAACCAUGCGUGAGGAAUGGGGUGUUGAGUCAGUUGCCGCUCCUGGUAUAGAGGUUGAUCCCGGUCUCUUGCAAUACGCCCGCCAGAAGCCUGGCAAUGCCAUGGCCGACGGCGCCAUGCUUCGUCUUAAGGACAUGCCAUCUGCCAAUGCAAAGCUCGCCUCUAUUCGUCCUAACUCACAGUGGAACUACCGUCGUGGCGUCUCUUCCCGUAUCGUAUACGACAACCAGUUCGGCGACUUGGACAACAACGGGAACUCCUCUGCUUCUGCCUCAUCUCAAGGCCCCGAUGCCGGCGUCACCACCGAAGAAGCUUCGGCCAGCUUCAUCAACGCCGUCUUUGGUGCUCUGUAUCUACACGCCGGCGCUCAAGCCACACAAGCCUUCCACCAGGCUCACAUUCUCUCGCGUCACAUUCCUCUGCACACUCUCUUCUCCUUCACCCACCCAACUCGCGAUCUUUCUCGCUUGUGUGCACGCGAAGGCUUUGAGCCACCUGUUGCCCGUCUGCUUUCAGAGACUGGUCGUCACUCGCGCAGUCCCGUCUUCGUCGUCGGCGUCUACAGCGGCAGCGACAAGCUAGGAGAAGCCGCUGGCUCAAGUCUGGAUGAGGCUCGUGUCCGUGCCACUGCUGCUGCUCUUCGUUCGUGGUACCUCUACUCACCUCCUCGUGAGAACAUUGUUCUGCCCAGCCAGUCCGCUACCACUCAAUGGAAACCUCAAAUGAUCGACAUUGGCGAGAUUGUCACUUGA